AUGAAGAAAGUCAACUUUGUGUCUGCUGAGGAGAUGGAACCAGUCCAAGAAGGGGAGGAUACACAAUUUGCUGAGGUGUGCUACAUGAGCAAUGGGCAAGGAGGUUACAACAAAGGAUACUAUAAUUACAAGUCCAACCCUGCCAUGUCAUACCGCAACACUGAUGUUGCUAACCCUCAGGACCAAGUAUAUCCUCAACAACAAGCAGCUCGAUCGAGUCAGGUGCCACAACAUGGGUAUGGUCAAAAGAACAAUUACCAAGGACCACAAGGCACUUUCCCUGGACAACAAAUGAAUAUCCCACCAGGCUUCCCCCACCAACCGCCCCAGCCUGCACCUUCACAAGAGAAUGAGCUCAAGGCAAUGCUAAAGCAACUACUUCAAGGGCAAGCUGAUGGGGUAGUGGACACAAGCAAGAAGCUAGCUGAAAUAAACUCUAAGAUCGAGAACCUCAACACAAGGGUUUACUCUCUGGAGAAUCAUGCUUCUUCUGUUGCUGCUGCUACAAAGCAAGGACAACUACCUGGUAAAGCUAUUCAGAACCCCAAGGAACAGUGCAAGGUCAUCUUCACUCAAGAAGGACUUGUUGAAGAAGAGGAUCAAGAAAGGGUCAUUGAAGAUUUUUGUUUACUGCUGAAUGAUGAAGAGAUUGUUGCUGCUGAGGCUCCUGGAGUCCAGAUUGAUCAACCAGAAGUGCAUGCACCUACUGUGGCCAUUCACACUUCACCAGUUGAGCUCGCACGACAAGCUCGAUCGGCAGCUCGAUCGAGUCCAAGCUCUCGAGUCGAGCUCUCGAUCGAGUCCGACCUUUCUGUCCGACAGCCUGUUUUGCUUGAUCCUUAUCAACCGGUUGCCGCUUCCUCGUCUCGCCUACUUAGUCAAGGUCACAAGGAAGUGAUUCACAAGUUCAGAAGAGAUCUCAGUGGGAUUGGAAUUGAGUUGCCUCCUAUGGAUAGCAUGAGUGAGGCAUUUGAUCAAAUGCAAAUGGUCAAGGAUGUUCUAGCCAACAGUGAUAAAGUUUCAGAGGUCCUACAAGAGUCUACUCAUCAGUUCAACCUGCUUACUUCACCCACCUUCCUACCAAAGGUCAAGAUCAAGGGAAAUUCACUCUCCCUUGCACACUUGGGCAUCUUGAGAUUGACAAUGCCUUAG